AUGAUUGUCUACUUGGUUGGAGAAGGCUACGACGGCUGUCCCGACCUUUUGGACCACCCGGCUGCUGACGGCUACCUCGACAUACUCCAGUUUCUUCACGAAAUGUUCCCAGACAAACGACUGGAAAGCGCGCUCGCGGCAGCUGCGCGCCGCGGGCACUGUCACAUCGUUGCGUACCUUUUGGCCAAUGGGAUCUCGUCGACCAAGGCGCUUGAGCUGGCCGCCAAGCACGGCCAUCUCGCUUGUUGUCAACAAUUGCUCGCACACGAGCGCACGACGCACCCGGCACGCGUUUUGCCCGUGUCGGUCAUGGUCGCGGCCGUCACGGGCGGACACGGUGCCGUUAUUGAACUAUUGCAUCCGGUCCAGAUCUGGUCCCACGAGUACAUGGACACGUGUGCGCGGCUCGGCCGGCUCGACCUUGUCACGUUGCUGCACGCUGCCGGGUAUUUUACGUGCUCCAAAGCAGCCAUGGACGGCGCCGCGACCAACGGCCAUCUGUCGGUCGUUCAGUUUCUAAGAGACCACCGGACCGAAGGCUGCUCGACGAGUGCGAUCGACGGGGCUGCUGGAAACGGCCACUUGCACGUCGUCGUCUUCGUGCACGGCCAUUGCAACGGAACCGCAUCCCCGUAUGCAUUGGCGUGGGCUGCCAUGGGGGGCCACGAUCGCGUGGUGCGGUAUUUGCACAGCGUCAUGAACGUACCAUUGCUGGCGGAUGCGACCGAGCGCGCGGCGCGCGGCGGGCACUUGAACGUUAUCCGCUACCUCCACGAACAAGGACUCGGUCAAUGGACCUCCCGCGUCACGGACCUAGCCGCGAAAGCGGGCAACGUCGACCUCGUGGCGUAUUUGCACACGCACCGAACCGAAGGGUGCUCGCCUACGGCAUUGGACGGCGCCAUGGAGCACGGUCAUCUCGAGGUCGUGCGCUAUCUGUACGAGGUUGUAGGCAUGACAUGCUCGGAGAGCGCCGUGGGCGGCGCCAUUCGGCGCGGCCAUGUGUCGCUGCUGCGAUUCCUCGAUGCCAGUGGCGUGGACGUUGUCCGGGUGCUGAAAAAGAGCGCGCUGCAGUUCGUUGCGCUCGUCGAGUUCUUGGAGCACGGCAAAAAUGUAUCGCCGCCCGCAAAGAAACAGCGCUUAACCACCGACGAUUAUACACCAUGAUACGGAAGUUAGAACGUUUAACUCACUGUCAGUACGAACACAAGUCGCA